UCAGUAGUAGUUUUCGCGUCGGCCGCAGCACAACGAGCAAACGGAAACCGGAAACGGAAGUGAAAGCAAGCGAAAGGCAGUGGCUCCAAAGCACAGUUAAUCGGGCAGAGAGCCGAGUGCAGACAACAGUCAACUGAGAACUGAGCGCAGUGAAGUGUUUGUUUUCGCCGUUAUCAGUGGAUGCACGCCUUUCCACCUCCGAUUGCGAGUAGGGAUCGGGCCAGGGACUGGGAUUCCGAAUCCUCAUCCGCACUCGCAUCAGCAUCCACAUCGGAUUCAAAACCAAAAUCAGUAUUGUAUCCAGGCUCGCGACCCGCACGGAGGAGGCGGCGAGCCGGAGAGGCGUGUCACUAGCAGGUGGCCGAGCCGGUUAACCAGAGUCCGACGGCAAAAACCUCCUCUCAGCCAAAAACAUUGGGCCAUAAUUAACCGCAAGCCGAAAGCAACGCCGUGGAAAAACAAAUACCAAAAUUGAAUCAAAAAAUCAGUAACUGUGGAGCAAAAGAGCAGAGGACGCAGAAAAUGCGGGCCGAGUGCUUUGGCAAUUAUGCCAAAAUUGUUAACAAAAUACAAAGUGUAUCAGACUAAAUAAAAUCGACAGCAGGAAACCGCAGGAAUUACAAAAGGACCGAACGGAUAGGCGACGACAGGUGGUCGCUUUUAGGGCCUUUUCUCCUUGAGUUCGUUUCGUAAAUCUAUAUAUAUAUAUAUAUUGAGUAGGGGCCGAAAAUCACACCCUUCGUUGGCCCGAAAGCAACAGAGCUGAAAAACCCAAAACCACACAAACCCAAGCCCAAAUUGAAACCUCAAUAGAAAUACAAACGGAAGCAGAACAAAAACUCACUUAGGUUGCCAUCCAAAUCAACGGCUGUCAGACAAAAAGUCGCUUUUUAUUGAUUUUUAUAAAGCCAAAAAGCAAUGAACAGCAAAGAAUAAUAACACAAGCCGCAGAAGCAGAAGCAAAAUAAAAAUAAAAAGAAUAAAAACAAAAAGCGAACGCAAUGUGAAUAAUUCCCCAGUUGAACACAGAGGCGAGCACGAAACGGAAAAACUAAACUGCUGCUAUAUCCCCACUCACCCCAUCACUCCCAGUGCCCCCCCGCCUUUCUAGAUACCCAACUAUAUAAUAUAGCACACUAUCGGAACUUUCAUCAAAUGCGAUUCGACUCGAUUCGAUUGGAUUCGAUGACGAUUCGAAGCGGAGACACCGGAGAGACGGACGCACACGGAGCCCCAUAAAAAUGUGUUAUAAAAAUAUACACGCAUAAAUUCCCAUAACCCCCCUCAAAAGGACAUAAAUACACGGGGAGAACUUUUCAUGCAAAUGUCAUUGACAAAGUCAAUUAGCAGGAAACGGAAAAGCUGCAGCUGCACAAUUGAAAUUGAAAAUUCGUUUAAGGGCAUCAAAAAACACGAAACGGAAGUGCGGGACAAAAAGCAAGACUGAUUUUAAGUUUAGUUAGAUUAUUUUAACAAUAAAUCCCCCCCAAAAAAAAAGGGAAAGCAACUAUUUUGUGGGGAAAAGCCCGAAACUGCAACAACGAAUUAGCCAAGCGGAAACCGUUGCAAGGAGGUAAACCGCCCACAGAGAAAAUAGGGAAAGUCCCAACAAAGCGGGAAAAGCACCAAAAGCAGGAAAAACAGCAAAGCAAGAAAAACAAAAGCGACCUCCCAACAAAAGCAAGCCGUAUCCAUUCGAAAGCAUGUUUGUGCUCAUAGCUGUGCUGUUUGUUAACGCUUGCCUAGCGGGCACCAUUCCGGCUACGCCGGAGAACAUAACCGUUACGUUCCUCACGCCCACGGCGGUCCGGGUGUCGUGGCAGACGCAAAUCGAUCUGAAGGCACAUCCCAUCGAGAAGUACAUCGUGACGUACAAGCCAACGGACGACAGGGUUGUACAGGACGUCGCCGGCAGCAGCGAGGCCAUUGUCCUGGAUCGCCUGCUGCCCAGCACACAGUACUCCCUCGUUGUGACGGCCAUCUGGCAGGGCAAGAAGUACCGCAGCCGCGGCCAGAUCAAGUUCAAAACGCUGGAUCUGCCCAAGAACACCUCGCAGCAGGAUUUUCCGCCGGGCAUCUACGGCAAUAGCAGCAACGGUGCUCGCAAUGUCACCAAUAAUGCCAGCAUCUUUGGCGACGACGUGACCUCCACGGCCACCAACACCCUGACACAUGGCACAACCAGGGAAUUGCCCACGAUCCGCGGCGUGGAGAUCGGCAUCGUCCUAAUCGUACUGAUGGUCUGGGCCGGAGCAAUCGCCCUGUUCUUCAACCGGUGGGGCAAGAUCCGGAUGCUGUUGCCCUAUCAGCCGGACUACAAGCACGAGCAGCUGAAGGUGCCAGGUACGGGCGUGUGCAGCGCCAGCGGAUGCAAUGGACAGCACUCGCACCAGUGCUUGCCGCGAUGCGAGGGCUGUGGUAUCUUCGACCGCUGCUUCCAGUAUCCGCGAAGGGAGCUGGAGCGCGACUGCGGCUGCCAGUUUGCCCUGCUGCACAAGGCGGAUGUGGAGAGCUAGCAACCAGCGCACCGCGAAGCCUCCUCGGCGGCCGUGAGCGCGGCGUCCAGUCACGGACAUGGUCACAGCCAUGGCACUCCGGUGAACACCUAUGUGCGCGGCCCCAGCGUCGAUAAUCAGUCCAUUGUGGGCGCCAAUGUGCUGGAGAAUGUGGACAGCCUGGACGCAGGCGAUGCCAAUGGGGACGACAACAUCGAGUUGGAGGGUGAAGACGUUCCGGACAAGGAUAGGGAGGAUCAACAGCUGCUGCAUCGGGCCAAGGAGCCCGUUCAUCGCAUAUUGCCACUGCAGGCGGCUGGUGCCAUGAAGCAGCGCAAGUUCGCCCAGCAGCGCGGCAUCCUGAAGAACUCCCAGGAGCGCACCUUCGUCGAGGAGGACGAGGUACUGGAGGCCAAGAAGCAGCUCAUUCUGCGCCGUCGCCGCCUGUUCAGCCAUUAUAGGCAGUACGACCAGUGGCGGAGGCGGCAAUUCAGCUACGAUCCCAGCUACUUUCGCCCGCCUCCGUUGCCGCCUCGAGCGCUGGGAUGCGCUGAUCACCAGCUGGGCGCCAUCACGGAUGCGAAUCCCUCCGCCAAUGCCGGGCGAAGGAGGCGCCAGUACCGAAGGCAAUACUCCUGCGCGGAUCGAUCGCGGGAGGGAUCGCGCGACAGUCGCGGCUCGUCGUCGAUGCAGCUCCAGCUGCAGAAGUACCACAGUAUGGUGGCCAGCGACACCAUCCACACCGAAUCCUCGGUGCUCAACCACAGCAACUACAGCGAGCCGGCCAGCUUCGACAGCAGUGAAUGUGCCCACCCACCGUUGCACUGCAAUAGCCGCCACAUCCACAUGCUGGCCGAGGAGCACUCCACCUCCAUUUCGGAACGCUGCACCCGCAGCCGCAUCAACUCGGCCAUAUUCGUGUCAUCGGAGGGCCGAGGUUUUGACUCCAUAGAGUUCCUGCGGCGCCACGGAUCCCAGAGUGUGCUCUGCAGGAAAGCCAAGAGUGCCGAGAACAUAACGGAUAAUGGAAGAAGGAAGAGCCUACGGCCGUGGCGCACAGACGAUGAAUCCUGCAAGCAGCAGCACCUCUCGCAGGACAGCAACGACAUCGAGCUGAAGGAGUGCGGCGGCGCUGGAGGAGAGCUACUCCGGCUGCCGGUCAUCCACGAUGGCAAGCAGUCGCCCACAGCCGUGACUAGUCUGCUAGCGCGAUCGGCAGCGAUAACCACGGCCAACAUGAUUGUGGGCAGCAUCUCGCUGGAGGCACCACCACCUUACAUGCAGGACGACGAGGGCGAUACGCUGUCCACGGCGGCACUCAUCCAUAGCGAUGCAGCUGCCGUGGUACACGAGUCGCAGGACUCGGCGGAGACGGUCGAGGAGCUUGUCCAUGUGCCGCUACUGGCCAGUGCCACUGCCACGGCCAGCGUUUCGGCCUCAUCCUCGCCCAGCAUUGCCAUCGAGGCCAAGCCGCGCGUCCUGGUGCACCAACGAUCCUCGACCGCCUCCUCGUCGCCGCACAGCAGCCCCAAGAACCUGGGCAGCCUGGGACUGAAGAUCGUCAAGCCCAAGAUCAGUGCCGUGCCAAUGGUUUCCGUCUCCGGACCCUCGCCGCCCAUUGAAAAGCCGCCGCUGGCCGAGUGCUUGUAACAAAUGGCAGCCGAAACAUUUAUCUAAGCUCGCACUGAAGGCAACUGGACCCUGGAACCCGGAUAGCCCCUAAGAGUUCCCAAAGCCGCAGACAAAGUACCCAAUCCAAAUCCUAUUUCAAUAAUCUAAGAAUCUAAGAAGAUAUGUAGUUAAGACGGAGAAAGUAUGCCAGCUGCUCAAAUAAGUGUUUCGGUGAGAGGCUUUAACAAGAAAGUGCAAGGACGAGAAGUAGUAAUAGGAUAGAAAAGAAGGAUAUUGUACCAGUGGUCAUCACCAGGCAAGGAAAGCUUUGUAUAUUCAACAACGACUGACGUAUACACAUAUGUGUAGUACAUUAUAAACGAAACCAAUGGUAACCUGUAGAACUUUAUAAGUCGAUUAUUGUGUACGAGUAUGUGUGUAUGCAUACCUAUUAACUGAUAAAUCAGCUUUAACAACAAACAAGUAAACUAUCAGGCUUUAAUAUUAUGAAGAUGAUGAAUUUCUGGUUUAACCUAGUUAUGUAGACUCACCUAGCUGUUGAAACUAAUAAAUCGAUUCUUUUUAAUUCUUCUCCUAUACAUAUAGCCAAAACGAACACAGAACACUCGGGCACCAUCACUGUUAUACACGCGAUCUAGAUCUAUAUAGAUUUACCAAAAAUAUACAUCUAUAUACAUAUUUAUACACCCAGUAAAAUUAGUUGUGUGCGUCUAAGAGCCUCGCAUGGAUCAACAGGGUUUCCGUUCAAGAUCCUCCAAGAAUCCUGGGAAACAGUUUUCAUUCAUGCCAGUCUCUUCUUCGUACCGCCAGAGGUUUUCGGACACCUGCUAUACACUUAGCUCCUAGUUUUAAGAGAAUGAAAUCACAUAGUCCAAAUGUUACAUGCUAACAUAUCGAAUUCUCUACUGUACCCACGACCAAAGCGAAACGUUUGAAACUGUAACUAGUACAUAAUUAGCUUUAAGCAACCUAUUACAUGACUAUUAACUAGACGUAGAGAUUUUUGCAAAGUAAGUGCCCUGGACGACUUCUGAGUGUUUUUGAAACCAGACUCUUACGUGUAUUCCGUGUAGAUGUUUCUGUAGCGCGAUCGUACCCUAUACAAAAAAAAAGUAUAUCUCAUGUUAGGCGAACUUAUUGAUGGAUUUUUAGAAGUUUAUAUAGGAACGAUACGAUACUAUAGGAAUCUAUGGCACCAAGCCCAUUUGCUCCCGCUCACUUGUUUAGGUAGUCUCUUUACAUUUUAGUUAUGAUACUCCAAAUUUUAUCUAUCCACCUACGCGUUAGACACCUGAAAUCUAUCCUAUACAGUUCGUUUCAAGAAUGAAAUACAACAAUUGUAAAUACACAUGCACUUGUACCUACAUCAACUGAAAAUUUCUUCAGUGGAACACAAACGUUGUUAUUAAGGAAUUGUCAAUUUAUGGUCCAAAGCUACAAUAAAUAGAACAUCAUUUGGAUGGGUCAGCAGUAAGCUUAACUAAGUUCUAGUUUACGUUCAAUUCGCUAACACAAAACAAAAGUAAAAUUGUGUGAAUGUGUAUUUUUGAAAUCAAAUAAACGAAUUACAUAAAUGUAAUCUUUUCAUAAAG